GGACAAAACCAGUUUUCUUCUCACACACCCUCUCCCCACCAAACACUUUAGAAGGAAAAAAGAAAAAGAGAGUGUAAAAGAGAAUAAUGGAUGGUGAAUCCUCUCUCAAGCUUCCCCUAAUUGAUUUCUCCAAUUUAGAAUCAGGGGGUCCUAAGUGGGAGUUGGCAAAAGCACAAGUGAAGGAAGCACUUGAGGAAUUUGGUUGCUUUGAAGCCUCAUUUGACAAAGUGCCUAUUGAGGUCAGAAAGGGUUUGUUUGAAGCACUUGAAGAGCUUUUCAACCUUCCUUUGGAAACCAAAUUGAGAAAUGUUUCUCAAAAGCCCUUCCAUGGCUAUGUUGGACAAUACCCAAUGGCUCCACUUUUUGAAAGCAUGGGUGUGGAUGAUUCCACCAUACCUCAAAAGGUCCAAGACUUCACCAAUAUCUUGUGGCCUCAAGGAAACCCAACCUUUAGCAAAGUGAUAGAAACCUAUUCACAACAAUUAUCAGAACUAGACGAAAUGGUGAGAAGAAUGGUGUUGGAGAGUUUGGGAGUUGAAAAAUAUAUGGAGGAACAUUUGGAGUCAACAAACUAUCUUCUUAGAGUGAUGAAAUACAAAGGGACUGAUCAAAGCAAUGAAACAAAAAUUGGGCUUCAUUCCCACACUGAUAAGAACAUUGUAACCAUUUUAUAUCAAAAUCAUGUUGAAGGUUUACAGGUACAAACCAAAGAUGGGAAAUGGAUUAACUUUCAACCUUCCCCACACUCCUUUGUUGCAAUGAUUGGAGAUUCCUUCCAUGCAUGGACAAAUGGAAGAUUGCAUUCUCCAUAUCAUAGAGUGAUGAUGAGUGGAGAAGAAGUGAGGUACUCAGCUGGGUUAUUCUCAAUCCCAAAGGCAGGCUAUAUAGUGAAAGCACCAGAAGAGCUUGUAGAUGAACAACAUCCUUUGCUAUUCAAUCCAUUUGAUCAUGUUCAAUUUCUUCAGUUCUACUAUACAGAAGCUGGCCAAAAAGCUCAAUCUGCCCUCAAAACCUUUUGUGGUGCAACUUAAGCUACCUACGACCUACAAACAUUCAUAUAUCCUAUCUUUCUUUCUUUCUUUCUUUCUUUCUUUCUUUUUUGUAUUUGCAAUUGGACUGCAUAUAUAUAAUCAUUACGUCUUUGAUGUUU